AUGGGGGACCUGGUACCAGCAGCCGUACUGGGACGGGGGGCCGGUACCGGCACGAAGGACCUGUGCCGGCACCUGUACUGGGAUGUGCACCCGGUACCAGCACGAAGGACCUGGUACCAGUGCCCGUACUGGGAUGUGCACCCGGUACAGGCACUUAGGACCUGGUACCAGCACCCGUACUGGGAUGGAGGGCCAAUCGAUGACAUCGCGGACGGCGCUGUGAAACCCCCACCGAACAAGUACCCCAUCUUCUUCUUCGGCACCCACGAGACCGCCUUCUUGGGCCCUAAAGAUCUCUUCCCUUAUGAAAAAUAUAAAGACAAAUAUGGGAAACCAAACAAGAGGAAAGGCUUCAACGAGGGAUUGUGGGAAAUCCAGAACAACCCUCACGCCAGUUACAGUGCCCCUGCGCCUGCGAGCUCCUCCGACAGCGACGUUCCCGAGAACGACCCGAUGGGGGGAAGCGAUGCAGGUGACGAUGAGGAGGAGAUGAUGGCUGCCGUCGCCGCAGAGAAAAUGGAAAGCGAUGAAGACUCGGAUCGAGGCAGCGACCACAGCGGGCUCAAGCGAAAAUCGCUGGCGAUGAAAAUGCCGGUGGCAAAACGUCUUCGGAAAUCCUCCAGUGACUUGGAUCAGGGCAGCCCCUCCCUGACAGAAGAGGAGAACUCGGAAACGUCUUCUGAGUCGGAAAAAAACAGUGACCAGGUGAGAAGGGUUUGGGAUGCGCUUGUAUGGAGGCUGGCAGGGUGGUGGGGAAAGGGCUGUAGGAAAAGGGUCACUGUGCAGUCCGGCUCCGACUCGGACUCCAAAGUGGACUCGGAUUUGGAAGUGGGAAACGCGACGGUGGACAUGACCAAGUCGGACUCCAACUCCGAUUCCGACUCGGAUGUGUCUGUGAAGAAGGCUCCGCGGGGCAGGAAGCCAGCUGAGAAGCCCCCUCCCAAGCCCCGCGGCAGGAAACCAAAGCCCGAGCGUGUCCCGACCAGCUCCAGCAGUGACAGUGACAGCGACAGCGACGUGGACCGCAUCAGCGAGUGGAAGAGGCGGGAUGAGGAACGACGGCGGGAGCUGGAGGAGAAGCGGAAGAGGGAGCAGGAGGAAGAGAUCCGUCGGCUCCGGGAGCAGGAGAAGGAGGAGAAAGAGAAGAGGAAGGAGAAAGCGGAGAAGAGCGAGGAGAUGCACUCGGACUCAGACAGCAGCGCAGAGGAUGAAGUGGCCAAAAAGGGCCGGAAAGGUCGGGCCAAGGCCCCAUCCUCCUCGGACUCUGAGUUGGAGCUGGAGAAAGAGGUAAAGAAGCCGGCGAAGAAGCAGCCCUCGGAGUUGUCAAGGAAACCGAAUCAGAAGGAGAAGAGGGGCCGAGCGGAGGAGAAACCGCGGAACAAACCUUUGAAAGUGGAACGAGGCCGGAAGAAAUCUGACCUGAUCCCCGAGAGGAGGAUGGAGAAGAAGAAGGAGCCCACAGUCGAGGAGAAACUUCAGAAACUUCACAGCGAGAUCAAGUUUGCCCUGAAGGUGGAUAACCCGGACAUCAAGCGAUGUCUGAAUGCGCUGGAGGAGCUGGGCACGCUCCAGGUCACCUCUCACAUCCUCCAGAAGCACACCGACGUGGUGGCUACACUGAAAAAGAUCCGUCGCUAUAAAGCAAACAAGGACGUGAUGGAGAAAGCUGCCGAAGUCUACACCCGGUUGAAGUCACGUGUCCUGGGACCAAAGAUGGAGGCGAUCCAGAAAGCCAACAAAGCCGGGCCUGAGAAGGACAAGGGGGAGACGGAGAAGGGCCAGGAGAAGCUUUCGGGUGGGGAGACACGGAAUGAGAAGAGGGAAGAGGAGACGAAUGCUGACUUGUCGGGUCCUGUGAAUGGCGAGUCCCUGUCCCAAAAAACAGAGGGCACGGAGGGGAAGGACAAAAGCCAAGGGCCGGGAGCUGGGGAGUCGGAGGCGUCUGUCGAGGAGACCCACAACAACGUGCAGGACUAUCCCAAGGCCGAGCGAGCUGGGCCGGAGCGAGCCCGCGGGGAG